GUAAAUUAGUUUUUAUAACUCAGUUAACAACUCCUAUUCUAUUUGUACUUUUUCGUAUUUGUGUAUUGAUACAAAAAGUUUCGAACAUUUCAAAUUUCAGUAUUUUUAUACUUAUAGUGAAUGUGAGAAUGAAGUGGGUGUAUGGAUGCUUCCAAAGCCGUAAACUUUUAAUAAAAAAAUACAGUGACAUUGACAGAUUACAUGCUACAUAUUCUUAAUCUGUGGAUUACAUUAUUUGAGCAGUUUUGUGCAAUUGUUGAUUAAGAUAUAUAAUUUUGUGCAAAAAAGACGUACAUAAAGUAAAGCAAGUUCAAGAUGAAUGAGGAAGAUAUUGAAAUCCUUAGUACGAGUCAAGUUUUAGAUGAUGUCGAAAAAGUUGUACAACAAUUUAUCAGAAAUGUAAGUAAUUUGCAGAAUGCUCACUUUCUAGUGCUCUCACAGUAAUUGUAAAUAUUUGAUAAUAUUAUAUUUAAAGAACUAAGGAUUUGUUAAAUAAAAGUCAACGGUGUUUGUAAUUGUUAGAUAUAUAAAGGAAGGAAGGAUUUAAAUAGAAUAUAAUAGUUUCAAUAAUAACAAAAAAAAAAAUUACUAGUUUUGGAAAAGAUAUAGGCAACUAGAUAUUGGGAAAAAUCAUAAAAGAGAUGUAUGGAAGAAAUUGAAUUUAUUCCUCUUUAUUAUUAACUCUAAAUCAUAUAUAAUUUACAGAAUGAGGAGAUUUUUAAAUUUCCAAUUAUGACCAAAAAUACUAAGUUGUUGGUUUGGACUGCAUUAUUUCAACUUUUACAAAGAAAAGACUUUGAACCCAUACAUCAUUUGUGUUUAUCUGCAGUAAGGAUUUUGAGUCGUGAUAAAUGUGACUUAGAUAAACUUUUUUGUGAGAAAUGGAUAUAUACUCUGGUGGAGAAAGCUGGCUUAUACGAGUAUGUGGAACUUGAAAGUGGAUCUCUUCCACUGGCGGAUAUGCCAAGAAAAGAAAUAACACUUGAAGCUUUAAAGUGUCUUUGUAACUCAGCAUUUAACAGUGAAGAAGCUAGAAACUUAUGUGCCAAUACUAGUAUCGCCCAAGCAUUAAUCGGCAGGCUUAGAGUUUAUAAAGAUGUUCCUUUUAAGGAUGAAAUAAUGCUUUAUGAUAUGAAAUUGCUUUUCAUUUUAACUGCAUUCAGACCUGACAUCAAAAGGAAAGUAUAUUGUGAACUGCAUGGCAUGGAUUACUUAAUAAGUUGUCUCAAUGAAUUACUCAAAGAAGCUACUCCAAUGACUGAUGACAAGUUUGAUUCUGAAAAAGGUGACUCAAAAAAAGUGCAUUGUACUUUUCUACAGGUAUAUAUAUUAUUGAUAAUUCUUAAGUAUCUUUGAGUUAAUUACCUUUUAUGUUUGAUAUUUUAUGUACUAAGAAGUACUAGAAUGUCAUUUUCCUAAAAAGGUAUUUAUCAUAAUUUAGGAUGACUUAAUGUUUAUAUGUUACAGGAUAACCAACAAGCGAUAGUGUGUGAAAUUCUCAAAGUACAGUUUAAUUUGAUUGUGAGCUCUGAGUCCCUAAAUGAGAGUGAUGAGGCCAUGUAUAUGAAACUCAUGCCAAUUUUAAGUUCUUUGCUGUGUGCAGCCACCACUAAUGAAACUAAAUUGAUGGAGUUACGCAGUAAUGUUGGUAACUUACUUACUAGGUGAGAUGUUUAUUAUUAUUAUUAAUAAUUAUUUUUAAUUAUAUUAUUAUUAUCAUAAUUAAUAAAGCUUUUGUAAGAAAAAAUAAAAAUAAAACUUUAAAUUGUAUUUUAUUUGUAUUUUAUUUGUAUUUGUAUUUUAUUUUAUUUGUAUUUUAUUUGUAAAAUAUUGUAUUUUAUAUUAUUUUUUAGUGUUCCUUUGAAGUUUUAUGAGGAUUUGACUCCAAUUCUGGGUAAAGACAAAAAUUGCCAAUAUGAGUAUGAUGGUAAAAAUAUGGAUGCUUUGCAAUCUUUGGUUGAAUUGUUAAAAUAUCGCCUGUCUGUAUCAACUGUAAGUAUUGUUAUACUUGUGAAAUUUUAAAGUUUUUGAAACUGCAAGGCCUAAUUUUGUUUCAAUUCAUAGACAACUGAGCGGCAGUUCGAUGAACUUUCACCGAUCAUAUCGGUGAUGUUGAAAAGUGUACGCGCGUGUCGCGCUCACAGGAAAUAUCUGCGUCAGGUUGUGUUACCGCCGCUUCGGGAUGUCUCGUCUCCUCCAGAGAAAGGCGACACAUUGCGCAAUAUGCUAUGCAGACUUUUAACGACGCCGGUUACCAAUAUACGAGAUUUGGUUGCAGAAUUUAUAUUUAUUCUUUGCAAGGAAAAAGUGGGUCGCAUGGUUAAGUACACCGGUUUCGGUAACGCGGCCGGGCACCUGGCGCAGAAGGGUCUGCUGGGCGGCGGGCGGGGCGCGGACUACUCGUCCAGCAGCGACGACUCCGACACGGACGAGUACAGGGACGCGGAGCCGCACAUAGACCCUGUGGUGGGGUGCACGCGUCCGCCAAGACCCAACCCGUUCGAGGGCAUGUCUGAUGAACAGGUGAUUUUUUUUUCUUAACCGGCUUCUAUAAAAGG